AUGGCGAAGAUCCUUUCACCCAGCAGGUCACUGACGGCCAGCCUUGUUCAGACUCCCCGAGUUGAAGGUAUCGACAUGAAGAAGGCGUCACUCAUUCAUUCUUCGUGACGAUACGGUUCAGACUUCUUUGACGGUGUGUGUAUUCCGACAGAUCCGGCCGCCGACGGCCGGAUGGAGUGGAAGUCCUACACGACAUCGCCUCGACUGCGAAAGGGCAGAUUUGGUGGACUCUUUGGCGCUGCCUUGUCGAUGAGGAUCUACUACCCCAAGGCCAAGACGACCAAGUGGCCUCUCGUCGUCGUCGCUCACGGCUUCGCAUCGUCAUCAAAGCAGCACAGAACGCAGGCUAGAUAUCUGGCGUCCCGCGGCUAUGUGGCCAUUGCACCAGACUUCGCCAAUGGUAUCUUGGGCCUCAACCCAAACCACUGGCGAAAUGCAGAUGACAUCAACACUGUCGUCGAGUGGGCAUUGAACGAGACGAAAGGUGAAGGAGCCAAAGGAGAGGGAUCACAGCUAUUCGGUAUCAUCGAUCAUGUCAAGCCCAUGGUGGGAGCGAUAGGGCACUCUGCUGGCGGGUUUGCGGUCCUUCUGGCGGCUGCAAAAAAGGAUACCCGCAUCAAAGCCGUAGCGCUGAUGGAUCCUGUGGGUGAUAAGGCUGGGAGAGGACUGAAGGAUCUGAGAAAGAUCAGGUGUGCGUCAGCGGUGACAUAUUCGCCUGCAUCGCCGUGCAACGACCCAAAGCGAGACGACAUCGAUGAAGCCUCAGCGGUCGAGCUGUAUGAUAAUUUGAGAGCAAAACCUAGGCGGAAGAUCCUCAUCCUGAAUUCGUACCAUCUCGACGGACAGGUGAGCUGGAAACUAGCUCGUGGGAUCAAGAGUGAAGAUCCGUCGUGUAUACAGCUGUGGCAACUGCGUUUCAUCUCUCUCCUUCCUCUGUUCCAGGAUCCUCCACUGGGCAAGACAUCUCCCUGGCUGAGACCUUUCGUUCGCCGAGCUUGUGAAGGCAUCUCGAGCGAGUUCUGCCGAAAGCUCUAUCGCCGCUACACUUUCGGUACAAUGCUGUCCACAUCUUGGUGAGAAAGGGAUUGUUUGUCUUUUUCUCUUUCGUGGCUUCAGGUUGGCUUGACUAUUACCUGAAGGACAAAGAGACUCAGCUAAGAGUGAAACCAUAUGUCUUCAGAACAAGGAAUCGUGAUGAAGGCCUCGCUCACGACCUUGACAGCGGUCUUCUCGGUGACUACAUUCAAAGCGGAUGAAUGAGGAGAGGAUGAUGCAACAAUCUUUCUGGUGUGCGUGUCACAAAAGGCUUUCAUACUAAAAGCGGAUGAAUGAGGAGAGGAUGAUGCAACAAUCUUUCUGGUGUGCGUGUCACAAAAGGCUUUCAUACUAAGGGCGGGCGGGAGGGUGAUUGUGCGCAGGAGCAGGUCGAGUCGGUACACGUGCAUAAAGACAUGAUAGUGGGGCGGAAAGAGCAGUUUGUGUGACAUCAAGUCCUAUGCACGGCAGUAUUGGUAGUUCCCUGCCAUGUUCAAGGGACAGAGGGAGGGGUGUGAUGGUAAGUUGGUGAGAUA